AUGCUACGAGUGUUAUCACUAGGCCAGCGUUUCCUCGUACGUCGUAUUCAAUUCUCAAAAUACCGGGCGAUUGCCAGCUACGCGGAGCAAUAUCGACGAAGUCUUGACAAGCCAGAAGAAUUUUGGGCCGAAGCUGCGCAAGACAUUGAGUGGUUUAAACCCUGGUCCAAAGUCCUUGAUACCACGCAAGGCCCGUCAUCAAGAUGGUUCACCGGGGGCGAGAUGAACACGUGCUAUAAUGCUUUGGACGUGCAUGUAAACAAUGGGCGCGGUGAUGUUCCUGCAUUACACUACGACAGUCCGCUCACGAGCACGAAAACCAGUAUUACAUACGGCCAGUUGCUAAAAGAAGUGUCUAUUUUUGCUGGCGGUUUACGAAAGCUCGGCGUUAAUAAGGGCGAUCGCGUUGUAAUUUACAUGCCAGCGGUAUUAGAGACGACGGUGGCCAUGCUUGCGUGCGCACGACUUGGGGCUGUGCACUCCGUUGUGUUUGGCGGAUUUGCUAUAUCGGAGCUGGCUGCGCGCAUUGACGACGCGACGCCUAAGCUGAUCAUAUCAGGAAGUUGUGGUGUGGAGCCCAAAGGCAUUAUUGACUACGGUCCACUUCUAAAUGGCGCGCUUGAACGAUCAACCUGGAAGCCCAGCAAAGUUGUCAUGCUGCAACGGGACAUCUAUCCUUUCCUAAUGACCAAAGGGCGUGACGUUGACUGGAGAGACGUAAUGGCAAUCGGAGACCCUGUUGAAGCAGUUCCUUUGCUAGCCACAGAUCCGCUCUACAUUCUGUAUACGUCAGGUACUACAGGACGUCCAAAGGGGGUAGUUCGAGAUAAUGGUGGCCACGCCGUUGCGCUAAAGUGGGCUAUGCGUAAUGUUUUCAACAUCACUCAGGAAGAUACCUUCUUUGCAGCUUCCGAUAUGGGUUGGACAGUCGGUCAUUCACUCGUCGUAUAUGGCCCGCUCAUCCAUGGAUGUACAUCUGUUCAGUACGCAGGAAAGCCUGUCGGAACACCAGAUGCUGGUGUUUAUUGGCGCCUGAUAACAGAGUACGGUAUCAAGUCCAUGUUCACAGCUCCUACUGCGUUGCGAGCUAUCCGAAUGGAUGACCCACAAGCACUGCUUUUGAAAAAAAAGAAGAGGGAGAUUUGCAAGACGCUUGAAACAAUGUUUGUAGCUGGUGAACGCGGUGAUCCUAAAACUUUCAAAUUUUUCUCCGACGCACUUGGUGUCCCUCUCAUUGACCACUGGUGGCAGACAGAGACUGGAUGGCCUAUAACGGCACCAUGCUUAGGUCUGCACAGCGAUGAACUGACAGAAGAUGGACACCCUCGCAUCAAGACUGGCUCGGUUGCUCGACCGGUGCCUGGUUGGAAUGUUCAGCUUUUGAAGAGCGACGAUGCUAGCCGAGACUUGAGUCAAAAUGAUGGAUAUGAAGAUAGAGAUGCCGAACUUGUGGUGAAGCUGCCACUUCCACCUGGUGCUUUAACUACACUGCACAACAAUUCAGACGACUUUUAUGCCAAGUAUUUCAAGAGAUUUCCAGGAUACUAUCACACCGGAGACAUUGGACAAAUAGAUGAAGACGGCUUUGUUUACGUGAUGUCGAGAACAGAUGAUGUUAUUAAUGUUGCGGGACAUCGGAUUACGACAGGAUCGAUUGAGGAAGUUAUUAUUAAGAUACUGGAAGUCGUUGAAUGCGCGGUUUUUGGUGUGAACGAUCCACUCAAAGGACAAGUUCCUGUUGCCCUCCUUGUGAUUGAUAAGGAGAUAAAGCGACCGCCUGAAGAAAUCAUCGAGCAAGUAAAACGUGAUGUGCGUGAGCAAAUGGGCAGCUUCGUAUGCUUAAAAACAGUUGGCCUUGUAAAUGCCCUUCCCAAAACUCGCUCUGGGAAAGUCAUGCGUGCAACAAUUCAAGGUGUCGCUGACUCAUCUUUAGUUCGUGUACCUGCCACCAUUGAGAAUGUCGCGGUGCUGGACGAUAUUCAGGGGGUACUUCAGGGGCUGGGCUACGCAAAAGGGAAGCCCUUGAAAAUUUAG